CCGUCAAAACUUACCCAAGAAUAUCAGAACUUUUGACAUGAUUACUGAGGUGGUGGCGUAAGAAAUGAACUCUUGAUAAACUUGGCUAAAUUGCCAGCUAUUUAUAGUCGAAAUUCCAGAUGAGGAAGUGUGUGACUCACCUGUGAAACAGAUGUGCCAUUAUUUCAUUGAAAAUCUUUUGGGAAUAUGAUCAAUCCAUAUUCUUCGAUGCGUGCUCUAAAGAACAGCUGUUUGUCUAUAGCAUCUAUAGUUCGUGCUGCCUAUAUAAGCCAGCUGGAGCAUUCAGUGAGUAUCAGUAUCUGUUUAUAGAGCGGGCAAGAUGCAAAUUCAAAUCAUUUUCGUCGUCCUCCUGGUGAUCUGCUUCACGGCCAUCCACUCACAGAGGUCCGACUGUGACAGGAUCUACAACGCCUGUGUGUCCUGCCGAAGGAAUCGGAUGGACACCACUGAGCUAAAUAAUCUGUGUCGCAGGACGGUUCGGGACCGAGUCUGGCGAGAUCAAACCCAAUGUGAUUUGCAGCUGAUUUCCUGCAGAAAUCCUUGUCAGAAAUUGAACUGUCAAAACAUUGCCGCAGCAGCUAGAAUGCCGCCCAGGCGCCCGUAGUCCGCCUCAAGACAGCAUCUCAGGCAAAGAGGAAGAUUAUGUAACCGGCAUGUAGCGUUCCCCGAAUGCUGUUGAUUUAAUUAAAAUAAACAAUGCAAUACAUUUCAAUAUGCUUUUAAUACAUUUGUGUUAGUCCU